AUGCUCGCACCUCCACCUGGUCAAUUUACCAACUGUAAGGAACUUCUUGCUUAUGUUCGAACAUUUGCUAGAGCUCAGGGGUAUGCAGUAACAAUCAAAAGAUCACGUAGUGAUGAAGAUGGUCGAAUCAAGAAUAUGUUAUUACAAUGUGAUAGAGGUGGUUCUUAUAGAAACCAAUUAAAUUUGACGACCAGUUCACGUUGUCGACAAACUGCUUCAAGGCUUUCAAGAUGCCCAUUUGAACUUUAUGAAUCUAGGCGUAAUAAUAUUUGGUUUCUUGAAGUUAGAGAUCCUAAUCAUAAUCAUGAAGCAUCAGUAAAUAUGUCUGGGCAUCCAAUAGUUCGCAGAUUAAAUGCUGAACAACUAGAACAAGUUCGACAUAUAAAUGCUGCUAGUUCUCGCUCCCGUUAG